AUGCCGACUCGGGUGGAGGACUACGAGGUGCUGUACACCAUUGGCACCGGCUCCUACGGCCGCUGCCAGAAGAUCCGCAGGAAGAGCGACGGCAAGAUAUUAGUUUGGAAAGAACUUGACUAUGGCUCCAUGACAGAAACUGAGAAACAAAUGCUUGUUUCUGAAGUGAAUUUGCUUCGGGAGCUGAAACAUCCAAACAUUGUCCGCUACUAUGAUAGAAUUAUUGACCGGACCAACACGACCCUGUACAUUGUCAUGGAAUGCUGCGAAGGAGGAGACCUGGCUGGUGUGAUUUCAAAGGGAACCAAGGAAAGACAAUACUUGGAUGAAGAGUUUGUUCUUCGUGUGAUGGCUCAGUUGACUCUGGCCCUAAAGGAAUGUCACAGACGAAGUGAUGGCGGCCACACUGUGCUGCAUCGGGAUCUGAAACCAGCCAAUGUCUUUCUGGAUGGCAAGCAGAACGUUAAGCUUGGAGACUUUGGGCUAGCUAGAAUAUUAAACCACGAUACAAGUUUUGCGAAAACAUUUGUUGGCACACCUUAUUACAUGUCUCCUGAACAAAUGAAUCGCAUGUCCUACAACGAGAAGUCGGAUAUCUGGUCACUGGGUUGUUUGCUGUAUGAAUUAUGUGCGUUAAUGCCUCCAUUUACAGCUUUCAACCAGAAGGAACUAGCUGGGAAGAUCAGAGAGGGCAAAUUCAGGCGAAUUCCAUAUCGUUACUCUGAUGAAUUAAAUGACAUUAUUACGAGGAUGUUAAAUUUAAAGGAUUACCAUCGACCUUCUGUUGAAGAAAUUCUUGAGAAUCCUUUGAUAGCAGACUUGGUUGCCGAAGAGCAAAGGAGAAAUCCUGAGAGGAGAGGGCGGCGAUUAGGAGAACCAGAAAAGCUGCAGGACUCCAGCCCUGUGCUGAGUGAGCUGAAACUGAAGGAAAUACAGUUACAGGAGCGGGAGGCAGCCCUCAAGGCCAGGGAAGAAAGCCUGGAGCAGAAAGAGCGCGAGCUUUGUGUCCGUGAGAGGCUGGCGGAGAACAAGCUGGCCAGAGCGGAAGGUCUGCUGAAGAAUUACAGCCUGCUGAAGGAGCAGAAGUUCCUGUCUCUGGCAGGCGGCUCAGAACUGUUUGAUCUCCCAUCGUCGAUUGUGAAGAAGAAGGUUCACUUCAGUGGGGAGAGUAAAGAGAACGUCAUGCGGGGUGAGAAUUCUGAGAGUCAGCUCACCUCCAAGUCCAAGUGCAAGGACCUGAAAAAAAGGCUUCACGCUGCUCAGCUUCGCGCUCAAGCCCUGUCGGACGUUGAGAAGACUUACCAGCUGAAAAGCAGGCAGAUCCUGGGCAUGCGCUAG